AUGUUUGUGAUGUUGGUAACGUCUGAUGUUCUGAUGAAGCAGCCUGGAUGUGAUGGAUCUGUUGAGACGGCCGCUGCCUCCUAUCAUGAUGAACGGAGUGAGUCCGCCUGCCGUCCACAGACUCUUCGUGUCGUUCCGAUCAUCAGCGGUUUCUCCCAGAAUCCUCAGCGCGCCGCACCUGCGCCUCUACAGCCUCGACCUCCUGACCUCUUCUGCCUCAAUGACUUCCUGCAGGUGAGCGGGUCGGGCCGCGGGUCAGGGGACGGGCUGAGGAGGACGGUUCUGUCCCGCUGUAACUACAGGAAGCUGCUGCGUCUCUUCCUGUCGGAGCUGCACUGUGGAGGGCAGGAUGCAGUAGCCAAUCAGACGCUGAGCUGCGAGGGUUUGCCGCCGCCCACACGCAGGAUCCCUCGCAGACAGAUCAUCUGCGAGUUAGCAGCGAUGGUUCAAAUGGAAGCACGAGCACAAAACUCUUUCAGGAGUAAAUCUGGAGUUUGUCGAGCAUCUGAAGAUCAGUCAGUGGAUCAGCAAUGGAUGACAGUGGAGAGACGGACCGAACACACACAACAUGAGGCCUACACAGCUCAUGAAGUUCUUCUGAACGCUGUGACCAGCAAACACUUCCAGAAUUCCCGUCGCUCUCGAUCCCCGUUCCGCCGCGCGGGAGAGCAUAACAUCAUCAGUGCGUCUGAACUCGCCGUCCUCAACUGCAUCACACGAGGAGGAACCAGACUCAGCUUCAAGGCUCAUUUCAUCUGUGAUCUUCCUGACGUGUCGUCACUGUCUGAACGUCUCCAGUAUCUGAACGUGUCCUUCAAUCACCUCACACACGUUCCUCAGGAGGUGUGUGAUCUUCAUCAGCUGCGGGUGUUGAAGAUGAGGAAUAACCCCAUCGAGGAGCUUCCUGCUCAAAUCAGCAAACUCCACAAGCUCCAGACGCUGGUCGUCUCCUUCUGCAAGAUCACACAGCUGCCCGAGCAGCUGUACUCUCUUCCGUGUCUGCAGCAUCUGGACGUGUCCUAUAAUCUCCUCAGAUCCCUCAGCAGUGACAUCAGACACCUCAGGUCUCUGAGGUCUCUGAACGUUGAAGGGAAUCAGUUAGUGGCUCUUCCCGCCGGUCUGCUCCGUGUGUCCGUGUCGGAGCUCAGGAUGUCUGGGAAUUACACACACGUGUUACUGUGGAGCGAGAACAGCUGCAACUCUCCUCAGACGCUGCUGCACACGGCUGCACACACACUCGCACACACACACACACAGCAGCGCUACACACACCUGCUGCCCGCCGCACGGGUCAUCCUGAACAGUGCUGGUGUGUGUGACGCUUGCAGGGGUCCCAUGUUCGGCGCGGGUCUCAAGCUCAUUCGUCCCGCUCACGGCGUGUUUGGGCUUCCGUCCGUCCCGGUCAUGUUCUGCUGCUGUUCUCCUGCGUGUCUCCACAGAUUCAGGAAUCAAACCAACAACAACCAGACACGGUCUGAUCAGACAAGAGCCACUUUAUUCUGCAGAACUGCAGCGUUUACACUUCUUUAAAACACCUUCAGAGGAAAAUGGACAAAUCAUGUAAAAUACUUCUUCAUUCUGACUGUUUUGAACUUCCUCUCAAGCCCAAACACUGUCCUGCUCACAUGAAAUGUGUUAUACUGCUGUAUAU